UUUCUAUUGUCUUUUUUUCUUGUUUUUUCAAUUAAAAAAUUUUUUUCAAAUUUAGCAUCAUGCUUAAGCGUAAAGCCGAUACAGAGUUAGAAUGCCCUGUACUCGUCAAAAAUUUGCGUCGUUCAAUAUCAGAAUUUUUGGUAGAAAAUGAAGCUGCGAACGUUAAAAACGAUGACGGAAAUAUUGAAUUUUUGGAUUAUGGUGGUGAACGUUGGGAGAAAUAUCGUCAAAGACUUGCAACUUUCGAUCUCAAAAGUCGAAUUUUAUUGUCAAAAGAAGUAUCCCCGGUAGAAUGUGCUAGACAUGGUUGGAAAAAUAUUAGAGACGAUUUUCUUCAAUGUGAUGAUUGUGAAAAGAUUUUAUGCGUUAAAAUGCCUGUUGGUGAGGAUAUUACAAAUCGAGUAUUUAAUCGGUGUAUUUGGUAUAUUCAACGAAGACUUGUAGAAGCCCACACAGUUAUAUGUCCAUGGAGAACAAACGGUGGUCUUUCAAUUUCCAAUCCAUACGAUGUAAUUGAACGAUACAAAGUUUUGGCUGAAUCUAAUCUUCCAGAAGUUGAUUUUGUUAAAGCUUUUGAUGACGAGGAAAGUUUGAAAAAAUUUGGAAAUGUUAAUCAAUUUUUUCUUCAAAUGGCAAUUUUUGGAUGGUUACCUGCUGAAAAAAACAACGAAGGAAUUCAAUUUUCCUGUCAUUUAUGCGGUCGAGAUUUAAAAUGUUGCGUCUUUUCACAGAAAUUACCUCUUAACCCAAUGGAGGAGCAUCAUUCUUAUUGUCCAAUUUUGGAUAAAAUAUAUCCAUUAUGGAGUGAAUCUUUAAGAAAUGUUCACAAAUUGAAGAAAAACGAAUCUUUAAUUCCAAAAUUAUGGAACGUUAAAAGUAUGUUAAAAAGAAUAUUUGGAAUAAAAGGAAAAGAACAACAAAAAGAAGGAGAUGAAGGGGAUGAUAAAGAAGAAGAGAUUCCUCCUCCUACUAAUUUAAAUGUGGCAGAAAUUGUAGACGAGGUAGAACGGAGGAAAUCUAUUUGAAGAAAACAAAAAAAGAUUUUUUUGGGUUGUUUUAUUUUUUAAAUUAUUUUUAUGAAAUUUUGGAGAACAAUUGAUCUUUUUUAAAU